AUUUACCAGUUCGGAAUAUCAUGUUCAUGUUAGAGAAAACAUCCCAAUAGGCAGCCAUAUUACUGCUGUUUCAGCCAGUGAUUAUGAUUCUGGAUCAAAUGCAGAGAUCACUUACAGAAAAGAAACCAUGUGAAAGGAAUAGAUGGCACCCUUGAACUAGUUGUAAAAGCUCAUGGCCCAAAGCUGGACUCUAAGUCUAGCAUGUGUACAGUUCGAGUAAACAUUUCUAACACUCCUGAGAGCUAUUCCAUGUUGCCAGUACACACGGUAUCUGUUAGCAUUGCUGCCUCUACUGUACUGUUCCUAUUUCUUGCAAUCUGCCUUGCUGUGCUUAUUGUGAGAUGCAGAAGAAAAGAUGCAGCAAACUCCAGCAUCAAGAAAGAGAUGCCAUGCUCCUCAGCUGCUGAUUUGAAUAAUGAAAACAACACUCCUAAAAAUGCCCAGGAAACUGAUAUCCCUGCAACCAGUUACCUUCCCAUGGGUGCCAUAGCUGAGUGGCUACAUUUGGUAGGCAUCAGAGAAAGGAAGGACAUUGGUAAUGCUUGCAGGAAUUCAGACUCUAGUGGGCAUGGGUCCGCAGAAGGAGAAACAACAGAAGAUGAAGAAAUAAAGAGGAUAAAUGAGCAUCCCUGCCGGAAGGGUUCUGGAUCAGCUUUAAGUGACCGAGGUUCACGUAUACCAGACUCAGGAAUUCCCAGGGAUUCUGAUCAGCUUUCCUGUCAAUCUGGAGAGACAGAUGUGGUGGCUGUUUCUCAAGUUGUAGAGACUGUUCCUUCCUUCAAAGAUGGUGGGGGAGGAGAAGAAAUAAGAGAGUGUGACACAAGGUAUACUUGCAAUAAAGUACUGUCACAAGCACUCCAAAAUAUGGGUAUAAAGGAAAAAGACAUCAUGGCUGACAUUGCAAGAGAAUAUAUCUUUGUACCUGAUGACCAGAACUCUCAUUAUGGAUCUCUUGCUACCCUAGUAGACUCUGAUGAGGAUCUUAGAGGUUGCUAUAACUGGGAUUACUUGCUAAAUUGGGAGCCCAGGUUUAAACCUCUUGCCUCUGUGUUCAGUGAUAUUGCAGAACUGAAGGACGAAAGCCUAAAAACACACAGCUUUCCUAAGGAGAAGAAAUCUUUUAUUUUUCCCCCUCCCUUGAUUACUUCUGUAGCUCAACCUGGUUUAAAGACAGUCCCCCCACGAAUGGCAACUCUACUGCCAGGUCAGGCAUUUAAAAAAUACCCUCGCUCACCCCUCAUUCAUCACUUGAGAUAUCCUUCAUCAGCCAUGACUCCCAGUUUUUCCCCUUCUCUGUCUCUGCUUACUAUGCAGACGCCUACAGCUUCACCAGUAUCCCCGCAUCCUAACCUGAAGGGGAUGUGCCCAGGUGGACUUUCAACAGAGGAAGACAUUCAAGUAUAGAAUAUUUACUAUUGACUUGAAAUGUAGAAUGAACAUUUGGCUAAAAGUAUCUGCCAUAUUCUUUUUAAUGAGCACAGCAUGUAGUGUUUAUAUCUGUAAAUAUUUUAUUUUUAUGAGCUAAAAAUGACUAUUUGGUCAAACAUUUUACCUUCCUAGCUAACUCACUGCAAAAUUCACCCAGACUUAUCAGGUACCUCCUUGAUCUUCCUUUACAAAAUGCUCUUCAAGCCAGAUUUCUAAGGCAAAAGUUAGUCGUUUGGGUGAUACAUGUUCUACUUUUCUAAAGGUAUCCCAGGUGAAAUAGGAGCUUCACACUAAUGCUCACUCUUAAAACUCAGGUGAAUUCUUGAGGAUGCAUGGAAUUUGUUGGAUGUCCAUGGUGUAGAUGGAGCCAAUAUUUCAGCUCAGCAUUCUUCAUUGCAAGGCCCCAGGAGCCAAUGACUGCUCCCAUUGACCCUAAGCUCCCUGACUAAUACUCAGCGCAGCUUCCCUGGCCCAGUGUGGAGGUAACUGUUCCCACUGCACAGUGCUGCAUUUAACUCAGCACCAGGAGGGUUGCUGUAACGGAAACAGGGCCCUCUUGAGCUCCAGUGCCAUCUUGGAAAGUGCACACGGAACCCUGGGCAGUAUAGUCCUUCCCACUACUUUCCUCACAGGCCUCUGGGGAAGGUGGUGGGAAGGACUACACUUCCCAGCACUCUGUGCGCAGCUUCCAGGAUGUCAUUGGGAUUUGACAGGACCCUGUUUCUGUUAAAGCCCACCACUACCAGCACUGAGUAAAGUGCAGCACUGUACGGAGGUCAGCACAGCAGGAAAUUGCUUUCACAUUGGUGGGUGUUUUGUUUUGUUUUGUUUUGUUUUGUUUUGUUUUGUUUUGUUUUGUUUUGUUUUGUUUUGUUUUGUUUUGUUUUGUUUUGUUUUGUUUUGCCACAGUGGUAUCGGCUUGAAAAAUAGCAGAGAUCACUGCUUUUGCUGGUUUAACACAUGCUCUGAUGCUGCCAAUUAAGGAAGUUUAGUGUUAUUUUUGCUCUCACUCCCUCAAACGACUAUGAUUCCUGAGUCAAGAGGAGCUGGAGUUGGAGAUCUAGUGCUGCAUAAUAUUCAAUGCAUGUAGAAGUACACCUACAUGCAUUUUUUGUCUGUGCACGUGUAUCAGAUCAACAUAUAUUUGUUGAUUAUAUACCAAACAAGUAGCUACUUUUCAGUUUUAAUUUUGUUUCAAUAGAUACAUAAAUAUUUUUGCAUCUUCUUUACAUCACCUUGGAAAAAUUAUGUUAUGUUUAGUAACUGGCACUUAAAGAACAGGAAAAGGCCCUACAAAUGUGAACUUGUCCUGAAUGCAUCGAGUACAAGAAUGAUGGUUCAAAGAGCUGUCAAUGUUGAUGCUCUGAACUUGUGUUUAGGGACUGACUGUUCUGAGUAAGUUGUGCUCAAAGGUCAGGAUAGUUUGGUCUUCUUUACUCUUAUUCCAAAAUGGCAUUUCUAAUAGGGAUGUGUGAAUCGAUUUGGGUACAAAUCGAUUUGUACCUGAAUCUAGCUGAUUCGGGUGAUUUGGGGACAAAACAAAUCACCCCUGUGGUCAAUUGGCUAAAUUUGGGUCCAAAUUGAAUCAUGCCAGAUCCAAUUUGAAUCAAUUUGAGCUUCGGAUUCCUCCCAUCAAUUUCCCCAGAUUCCAAGCUUUCAUUUAAAAAGCAAAGCUGAGCUCUAGCACUUGUAGAAGUGGAGUUAUCAUGCAAAAUGUGUGGUAACUAUUUUUCAAGUGUUUGGAUUCUUUGGUGUAUCAUAACUUUCCCUCAAUGAAUCCCUAUGAGGAUUCAUUACACAUCUUCAUUUCUUCUAUUCAUUUUGACUGUCUUUGGACAGUCCCAACUGUCAACUGCAAUUUGCCAACUAUACCCCACCUGCAAGGCAGUGGGGUAAUACUCAGUUUAAGUUCUAGGAUUUUUCCCCCAAGUGUUUAGACUAUUUGGUGUCUAAUGGCCUUUCCUCAUAAUGAAUCUUUAUGAGGAUUCAUUACACACCAAAAAGUCUAAACACCUCAAAAAUUCCUAGAAUAUAAACUGAGUGAGUACCCAGUGACUUGCCGGUUGGGGGGUAGUUGGCACAUGGGAUGCCAUUAAUUCCCCACCCGCAAAGCAGUGGGGUCAAAAUGAACAGGUGUGUAAUGAAGACACCAAAUAAUCUAAACGCUUCAAAAAAAUCCUAAAAAAUAAACACUUCAAUAUUUCUUUAAAAAUAAACUGAAUCCUUAGGCAUUCAUUAUGAGGAAUGUUAUUAUACAGCAAUGAAUCCAAACACUUGAAAAAUAGUGGCACACAUUUUGCUCCAUAACUCAAUUUCUUCAAGGGCUAGCGCUUAGCUUUAAAAAAAAAUUAAAGCUGGGGAUCCAUGUUAGGGUUAGGAUAGGGCGACUUCGAAUCCCCAUUAUUUCCUAUGGCAGAAAUAUAAAAAAUCCAUAAAAACUAAAAAAGAAUCAUCAAAAAUCAACCAAGUGCCCCACUGCCUUGAAAUGUGUGUGGUAGAUGGCACCCAUGGGGACCUACCUACCACCCAUAUUUGGUGCUCCUAGCACCUUUACAAGUGGUCCGAAUCGAUCCACAUCUGAAUCAAAUCAAAUUCAGAUUGAAUCGGGUGAUUCAGAGGGGACAGAUACAGACACAAAACAAAUCUGGGGUGAAUCAAUUCAGGCACAAAUCAAUUCAUGCACAUCUCUAAUUUCUAAGGGCACAAGGAAUAACAAAGUAACAUUAGUUCUAGAAAAUACAGAAAUAAGCAUGGAAUCCAGAAGAGAUUCAGAAUGGUUAAACAAAGUAAAGAUAUAUUCCUAGUUUGACAUACAGUCCUGAGGUGAAAUCCUGGAUUACAGCACGUGCCAUUUUGCCUUUGAUUUCAGGAACUUCCCCAUGCUGUUUACACCGAGAAUGUCUAAGAAUUAUUUGAGGUUGCAAGAUUGCCCCUUUUAAGUUUGCAAUUGCAGAUUUCCGUGGACCUCUUUGAAAAAUGGCACAGUGGCAGUUUUCUGUGACAGCAUUUGCAACAAUGAGAGCAGCCAGGACUUUCCCACUGUUGGUUACAGAAUGGCUUGUGCUCAUGGUUCUUUGCUUUCUAUAGCCACAAAGCGAUCCAGCUGCAUGUGUGGUUUUUUGGAUCGCAGCCAGGAUAUUUUGCUCUACUUCUGGCUUGUUACAGGAAGCAUGAAGGAUUAUCAUAGCUUUUAAAGAUCUGUUACACAAGUUCUUUCACACAGCAGAUUUUUCGUUCUUGAUAUGAAACAAUACCAAACCAAACAGACCAAAUGGACAGCAUUAAUUUAUGAACUGUUUGUACCAAAAAUGUAAGGUCAGUAGAAUAACCUGUGUAAUUGCAUAACAAAAUAAUGUAAUGGUAUUUUAAAUAUAAUUUUCAAAAUAUUUUUUCUACUGUGAAACCUUAGUUGUUAUUUGCUUGUUUUCCUACUGAAGCAAGGUACUCAAGCGUCAGAUGGCCCAAGGCUCCGGUUGUCUGAAUCUUUCCUGAGCCACCUGUACCAAAGUAAGCAAUAGGUCUGGGUCUAAAGAACUGGCCUAAGGAGGGCUUCAUUCUAUAGGACUCAUUCCCAGACUGAGAUACUAUUUUUAUAAUAUUAUAGUAGCUAUUGGGGUGUAAUUGUAGACCUUUUUGUUUUUCCGAGCUAUGGGCAGCUGUAGACUUGAGAUGGACAGUGAUCUCACCAAUGAUGUCUAGAAAGCUAUUCUGAAUACCACCAUUUGCUUUGGAUCUCCAGCAAAAAGAAGCCUUAAAAGUCUCUUGCUUGUACAGCUAAAUGGAGAAUAUUUGGAACUCUCUCAAACUGAUUCAACAUAUACUUCUGAAGAAUUAUUUCUGUACAUGUAGUUGAAAAAGUUAUCACAACGUAUGUUCACACAGUGAGCCCUGUCUAUUGCAUCACAUACCUUUUUGAAUCUGGAACUGAGACCCUCUCUGCCAUAUUAAGCACAACCCCACAACCAAAAGAAAAUAAAUUAUUCUAUACAGAA